UGGUCCACGAUGCCCAUAUUUAAGAAAGAAAACUACCAGCACAUUACAAACGCGUGUGCGAGACUGUGAGAGAGAGGAGAAAAGCAAAAUCAGCGAAGAUGGGUGGAGGCAUGGAAGUGAACAAGAACAGAUUCAUAGAAGACUGGAACUCAGCGAGGGAGAAUUUGGAGCACAACUUCCGCUGGACUCGUCGUAACUUCGCUCUGGUCGGCAUCUUCGGUAUCGCUCUUCCAGUCCUCAUUUACAAGGGUAUUGUCAAGGAAUUCCAUUUGCAAGAUGAGGAAUAUCGGAGGCCACCGAGGAAAUUUCUGUGAUAAUGUGAAAGUUCUCUGUAAUAACCAAGUUUUGUUGGACUAAGAAAUGCGUCAGCUACAAUCUUGGGAUAACACUUGAAAAGUUCUUGUUUUGUCUGUUGAUUUUGUGCUGUGUAGACUGGUAUCUGGUUUACUUCGCGAAGCUUUAUGUUUUAGAGAAGUUGAAUGCUAUAUGAUUUAUGAGUUCUACUUUUGUUAUAAUGGGAAAAUAAAGUUUUUUUUGUUCC